CCAGCUGCGGGCGGAGGGGAAGGGACAGCGAACGAGAAUGGUGCUGGUGGCGUAUGGCGCAAGGAAUGGCUGGAUAAGCUUCAGACGAUUUUAAUCGAAUAUUUCUCUGAUAAUUUACGACGCGAAACGCUCGAAAAUGGCAGUUGAAUUUGGAACUGCUAAAACAGUUCUCAUUCUAGCCAUUGUUGUGGGAUGCUUUGCAGUAUUAUGGCCCAAGUUAUUUUAUCCUAUGCUUCAAGCUUCUGUCAAUCCUCCUCGUUCGUCUAGUGACUCACAAGGGUUCGUUUGGGCAAAUCGUAUAAACAAAUUCUUGAUGAAAUUAGGUCUUUCAACAGUUCAAUAUCCUCCUAUCCCUGGCAUGAGACCCCCCAUGGGAGGCCCAGGGCACGUGGUGCCUGCCCCCAAAGGAAGCAGCACCAUGGGAAUCAUCAUGCCCAUUUACACCAUUGGCAUUGUGAUCUUCUUCAUGUACACCAUCAUGAAAGUAAUGUUUAAAAAGCCAGGUGAUACCACUAGCACUUAUACAGAAUUUACUCCUGAUCCUGAAUUUCGCAAAAUUGUGUUUGACAACUACGGAGAGAGAUCCUCAUACGAUGAUGGACUCAAACAACGGUCAAAAGUUGAAGCUGGUGCUCUUUGGAAAACUAAAGAUGAUGGUACUAAACUUGGAGAUAUAGAGAUUGACCACCUUCGCAGACGACUAGAAGAGACAGAAGCCGCAAUGGAACGCAUUGUUGCUCAGAUGGGCUCUGUUCCCAGGCAGUUGUACGCUUCCAAAGGCACGGAGGCAAACCGUGCCAAGGAAGAAGAUAAAGCUGUGGAAAUUGUCAAUCUUGAUUCAUCUCUGAAAGAAUCCAAUUACAAAAGUAUUGUUCAGGUUGAUGAUGCUACCAGUAAAUCUCAGCAGAACGGCGAAGGGAUCAAUGGUACUUCUUCACCCAUCGAAUCUCAGGUAGAUACAGAAAAAGAAGCUUUGCUAAAAUUACUUAAACAAGCAGAGGCUACUCCUGAAGAAGAGCAGGAACGACCAAGUAGUCGUGCAGAGGAAGAUGGAGCAGCCAAAGUCAAAAUCAUGGGAAUGGAGACCACCGCAAGCUGUGAGUGUGGUCAUCGAUGGAGUCGCCCCAGCACACCCAUUUUGGGAAUUCCUGGACACGUUGGUCACAGUCGCAGUAACACCCCUGUGCCUCCUCCAACUCCAGAGCCACAGGCCAUUUAUUUAGAAGGCUCGCUACCCUCGCAGUCACAACUAUUGGUAUCAGAUGCGGAAACACAAGCUUUACCAGUUGAGAGAGAACUUACAGAUGAUGAAGAAGAUGAACCACCAGUGAUUCUCAGUGGGAAAAUGACUUUAUCAUUAAUUAGUUUAGAUGCUGCCAUAGCAGCUGAAGAUGAGCAACUCAGGCAACAACAAGGAGAAAACUGUGUAGCAGCUGAUGGGGAAACAGCAGCUGUUGAAGGUUCUGAAGCUGUAGGAGCCAUCAGAGAAAAUGUGAACAGGGAAGAACAGGAAGAGGAAGAAGAAGAAGAGGAGGAGGAGGAGGAAGAGGAGGAUGAAGAAGAAGAAGAGGGAGAGCAAGAUGAAGGUGAAGGUGAAGAAAAUGCAGGUGCAGCACACAAUGUGGUUGAAGACGAAGAUAAGAAGAGUGAAGAACGAAGGGAUGUUCCACUUGUGAAUGACACACAGCAUGAUCUUGAUGACACUCCUUCUGCAACGAAUUACACCACAGCAAGUGCAGCAGCAGAAGCAACAAAUGCUACAGGUACAGAAGAGACUGCAGCCGACUUUUCUGCAAUGGAAUCUAUCGGUCCAGACGAUGACCAACAGGAAGAGCUGGGGGAAGAAGAGGAGGUAUGGAAUGGAGAAGUGCAUUCAGGGGAUGAAGAGGGCGAAGAGGAGGAGGAAGAUCAACCAGUUCAGCACAUCCCGAAUGUCCAUCAUCAUUGAGAAUGCUGUAGUCUGCAUUUCAAAAUUUUCAUCAUGUGAAAUGUUUUGUUUUUAAUUUAUUUCUUUUCUUUCCUGCAUUUUUAUUUAAGCUUUGUUCAUAUUCUUAACUUAUUUUUAAGAAAUUAUGUAAUUACUGUUCUACCACAAUAUGAAAUAAUUUUGGUUCACAUAAUUUGUAGAAGAAAAUAACUAAUUUGUUCUUAAAUAAUCAUUAAAGGUUUAAAUCAAAGACUGCGCAGAAAACCUGCAAAAAGGAAGACUACUAAUGUCUUGAAAGCCAUAUCAGCUAAAAUGUAUUCAUAAGCAAUUAAAGUUUAGCGCAAUAUAUGUUUAUUAGUUCAUACAUGCCUGUGCGUGUUUAGCCUUAAAUUCUUGAUAGUUAUCUGCCUUUAGUGAUAUGCAGUCUUAGCUUCUUAUCAUUUGAAGGAUCUAGUAACUGCUCUGCCUUAAAUACACACCGAAAGGAUUGUUAAAAUUGGAAACAUUUUUUACAAAGCUCAUUACUAGUGCCCUAAAAAUAAGGGGUAUUAGAAUCUUGCUUAAAAUCAAAUUUCUCUCUGUAAGACGAUCAUAUAUAGUUUCAAGAAACAUCUGUUAUAAAGCAAUGAUAUAACAAUCUGGGGGUGAAAGUAUGUGUAUUGUGGAAAAGCAUAAAUAAACAACUUUUAAAAAAACAGAAACAAAUGGAAAAUUAUAAAAAGUUAAUUCAAAAUGAGGUGGGAUUGCACCUCAUGUUUUUGAAGUUUGACUAAGCAAUUAUUUCUUUAAUGAGUAAAUUUGCUUAAAAUUUAUGGAUGUGUAGUUUACCAGUGUUUUGGUAAAUCUCAGCCUUUGAAUAUUUGAUAGAAAUAUACAAUCACCAAUGAUCUACUGAAAAGUUAGCAUAUUAGUCUUUCAAAUAGUAUACAUGAUUAUCGAUAUAAAAACUUAUAAAAUAAAUAAAUUAUUAGAACAAAGAAAUUAAAGAUAUUCUCUGUUGACAUUACGAUAUUUUACAGCACCAUUUAUUUUUGAACAGUGUGUAUCACAUGUAAAUGGUAGGAAAGGGAUUCAAAUUUUUUCAUAAAAAUACUAACAGAGAAAAUGAGAUGUUGAGUUAAAUAUUUAAUGGUAACUCUCAUUUCUUGGCCACAAUUGUUAGAAACAUUAAGUAAUUCUUUAUCUCCUUACCCAUAAUAGGAAUUGUUCUAACUAACAUCCUCUAUAAAGUUGUGCAGCUUUAUUGUAAAUAGAUUAAUUUAGUUUAGAGAGCACAUAUUCCUUUCUAUUGUUGGUCUUCCAACAACUAGUUAAGAACCAACUUGAUUCUUCCUUCAUAUUUCUUCCAUUUUAAUUCUUCCAUUUACUAUUGACUGCAAAUCUUUUACAAGAUGAGCCAAACAAAAUGAAUUUUUUAUUCUUGAAACUACUUGUGAUAGUAUUCUGGUCACCUUGAAUACAACCUCUUACUGCAUGGAAUAAAAUUUGUAUGAAGAAUGAAUGUGCCAAAUGUAUGAAUCACGAAUGCUAAAUAAAUAUAUUUAUUGUGUAACUGUUAACCAUUGUAUCACAUUUUUUUAUCAUGCAAACUUUAUAAACAGUCUUUUAAUUUUUGUAUUUGAAGUUCAGAUCGUUCUAAAGAAAUAUUUAAAUUGAUUCACUUAUAACAAAAGUUUUAAAAAACGAAUUUUAAACACGAUUUGAAAGAAAGGAAAUACUUUUAAAACUCCAUACAGAGACUGAAAAGGUAUAAAAACUGUCAGUAUUUUUUCAUACCUCUUCCAAAGACCAUUUCCCUCUUUUAACUGUAAAAAAUACCUUUAUAUGACAUCUAUUCUGGUAUGGAUGUCCGUAAUGGUUGUACCUUCAUUCUCGAUGAAAAACAAUGCCACUUGCACCAUCCAUAUUACAAAUUGCCAAAAUAACUUUUAUUCAUUCCUAAUUUUGCAAAAUAUUUAUUAAAAAAAUAGCAUAAUUUCUCAAGUAUUAUAUUCUGUUCAGUGUGUUUAUUUCUUGUUUGUGGGACAUACACUUUUUAUUUAAUUUAAUCGUUUAAUGUCAUCUGGCAAGGUAUUGUAAAAUAAUGUACAUGUAUUGAGUGUG